UACCUGAUUUAGUUUGAUAUAUUUUAAGUGUUAGUCGUGGCCUACGACAUGCCUCCAAGUUUCAGGUCUGGAUGUGAGGGUAGGGCUUCACACGCACACACAAGGUGCACAGCAGAACACAGAAGCGUGCAUUAUGGUUGUAUUCACACAAAAUCCUCCCCACAGUAUUGUGCAGAGCUCGCUAGGUUUUCUUGUAAACCAUCCCAGGUUCACAGGAAGCACAUCUCGAUGCGGAAACUGAUUCCGACACACAACCUACUUUAGAAGAAACGGCGAACUUCACCGCAGAAGAAUGGACCAAACGGCGAACUUCACCGCAGAAGAAAGGACCAAAGUACCAAGAGUUUCUGCCCCAAAAGGAGGAAAACACGCCUAUGGUGAAGACAAAGCGGAUGUUCCCUCCAAAAUGCAUGCUGCAGAAGAGACUGAAAACUUUCCUGACAUGUCACCAUUUCCUGCAUCAUCCAGCGUGUCAAUGAAAAGUGAUGCAUCCAUGGAUAAUCGUCAUGACUUCACUAAGGAAAAUCCUGCAAGAGACCAAUUUGACUGUUCAGAAUCAAAGGAGAUGGAUGGAAAUAUCAUUUUUGAGUUGGUGGAAAACUGUGGCAUGGACAUUUUAAGGCGUGAGCUCCAAAGGUUUAAAAGGAUGCUCUUCCCACAUCUCCACACCUCACAAUCUUCUGAGAGUGAAAUGCAGGAGCAAGGUGGUUUGAUUACUGAAGGCAGGCAGCAAGACAACAGUGCCAGUGAAGGGGCUCUGAAGAUCACCCUACAUGUUUUAAAGGAAAUGGGCCGUAAAGAUCUUGCUGACGAACUGGAGAAACACAUUUAUGGGGAGCUUGAUGUCUGCCAGCGCAAACUCAGACAGAAAUUGAAAAGGUUUGAAUACAUUUUCGAGGGAGUAGCACAACAUGGGAACCAGACACUUCUCAACAAGGUGUACACCGAGCUCUACAUCAUCGAAGGAGGCAGUGGAACUGUUAAUACUGAACAUGAAGUCAGGCAAAUUGAGGCUGCCACCAGGAGACGACCAACAGAAGUUAAGCCAAUCAAGUGUGAAGAUAUCUAUAAGCCCCUACCUGGGCAACAUGGAUUCAUCAGAACGGUACUGACUGAAGGAAUUUCUGGCAUUGGAAAAACAGUCUGUGUCCAGAAGUUUAAUUUGGAUUGGGCUGAAGGACGAGUUAACCAGGAUAUCCAACUCCUAAUUAAUCUUCCAUUUCGGGAGCUGAAUUUGAUGAAGAGAGACUACACACUGACAGAGCUUCUUCAUCAUUUUCUUGAAGAGGCUAAAGAAGCAGGAAUUUCAAAUUUUGGCAAAUACAAGCUUGUGCUGAUAUUUGAUGGGUUGGAUGAGUGCCGGCUUCCCCUGGACUUUAUCCACAAUGAGCCCUGCUGCAGUGUCUCACAGCCAACUUCAGUGGAUGUACUACUGACGAAUCUCAUCAAGGGGAACCUGCUUCCUUCUGCACACAUCUGGAUUACGUCCAGGCCUGCAGCUGCAGAUCGCAUUCCAGCUGAUCUUGUUCAUCGUGUGACAGAGAUACAAGGGUUCAAUGACCCCCAGAAGGAAGAGUACUUCCGGAAGAAAAUCUCUGAUCAAAACAUGGCCAGUAGAGUAAUCUCACAUGUUAAGUCAACAAGGAGCCUCCAUAUCAUGUGUCACAUACCGGUCUUCAGCUGGAUAUCUGCCACUGUUUUGCAAAGAAUUUUAGAAGAAACAGAAAGAAAGAGAACAGAGGAGGAUGGGGACAGAAGAGAAAUGCCCAAGACUCUGACACAAAUGUACACACAUUUUCUGGUAUACAACUCAGUGAUUAGAACUCGGAAGUAUUCACAAGAAGAAGAAGAAGCAUCCCAAACACAGGCCCAAGUCAAAACUGAUGAAGAGAUGAUCUUGAAGCUGGGAAAACUGGCCUUUGAGCAUCUGAUGAAAGGCAACAUGAUCUUCUAUGAGUCUGAAUUAAAUGAGUACAAUAUCAAUGUCAGUGAUGCUGCAAAAGAUUCAGGAAUAUUCACAGAGAUUUCAGAGAAUGAGUUUGGAUUUCAUUUGGAAAAGGUCUAUUGCUUUGUGCAUUUGAGCAUCCAGGAGUUUUUUGCUGCAAUGUACGUCUUUCACACAUUCACCCGUUUCAGUCAGAACUUGCUAGAACAACAAGAAACCACCGCUGUAAAGCAGGCUGCCAGUGACAUAACCAGCCUCCUCAAGAGUGCAGUGGAUAAAGCCUUGCAGAGUAACAAUGGGCAGCUAGAUCUCUUUCUUCGUUUCCUUCUUGGCCUCUCACAGACACCCAAUCAGACUUUGCUGAGGAGCGUUCUGACCACAGUGGGAAGCAGUUCACCAAGAAAUGAGGAGAUUGUCAAGUACAUCAAGGAGAAAAUCCAUGAGAAUCACUCCACAGGGAGAUCCAUCAACCUCUUCCACUGCCUCAGUGAGCUGAAUGAUCAGUCUCUUGUGGAGGAAAUCCAAAACUACCUGAGCUCUGGUAGCUUGUCAGAGACCAAACUGUCCCCUUCACAGUGGUCUGCUCUGGUCUUUGUGUUGCUGACCUCUAAGGAAGAUAUGGAUGAGUUUGACCUAAGGAAAUAUUCAAGAUCAGAGGAGGGUCUUCUGAGGCUACUGCCAGUGAUCAAAGAAUCCAGAGUGGUUUUGCUUAAAGAAUGCAACCUCACAGGGAACUGCUGUGAAGCGCUAGCACAAAUUCUCAGUUCAGGCACUCCAUGUCUGAAAGAACUCGACUUGAGUGACAAUGAUCUGCAAGACUCAGGAGUAGAGCUGCUGUCUUAUGGACUGGCAAGACCAACAUGUCAACUGGAAAAACUAAGGCUGCCAUUCUGUGGGAUCACAGAAAUUGGUUGUAGGUUUUUGGCUGAUGCUCUAAGGUCCAAUCCCUGCCAUUUAAAGGAACUUGAUCUGAGUUAUAAUCACCCUGGUAAACAAGGGGUGGAGCUGCUGUCUGCUGUACAAAAAGAUGUUAAACACCUCACGAUCAGUUUCAACGCCAAUGCAGAGUGCUACCUAAAAUCGGCUCUUAAGAAAUAUGCAUGCAAGCUCACUUUGGAUGCAAAUACAGCCCAUUCACACCUAUCUAUUUUUGGUGACAACAAAAACAUGACUCGGAUGGAAACAGCUCUGCCAUAUCCUGACAGCCCAGAGAGAUUUACAGACUGGGGGCAAGUGCUUUGCCAGGAGGGUCUGUCUGGUCGUCAUUACUGGGAAGCAGAAUGGACUGGGCAAUGGACAGGUAUAGGAGUGGCUUACAAAGGAAUCAGGAGAAAAGCAGAAGGUAACGAAUGCGUCCUUGGCUAUAAUGAUCAGUCCUGGAGUCUGCGCUACUGUCAUGGCAAAUACACUGCGUGGUAUAAUAAGAGCGAUGCAGACAUAUCUGCUCCCUACUUCAGUUCUAAAAGGGCUGGAAUAUUUUUAGACUGGUCAGCUGGCACUCUGUCCUUCUAUGCUGUAUCAUCAAACGCCAUGACCCACCUGCAUACAUACCACACUGAAUUCUCUGAGCCUCUUUAUCCAGGCUUCAGGCUGGGGUUUGCAAAUACUUCAUUAGCUCUAUGUCAACUAGAAAACAGGGAAAUCUAGAAUGAGCGUGUUGCAGUCGUAUGACUCCGCCAGCCAGUGCCAGCCAGUCAAUGUGACAGAAGUGAGGUCACUGACCUUUGACCACAAAAAUCUAAUUAGUCCAUCGAUGAGCCAAAAUGGACACUUGUGCCACAGUAACUUGGAGAAAUCUGGGUGAGGAAUCAGUGAAUAUAACGCCUCAAUUCCACACACCUCAGUCUAUGUACGAAAUCCAUUAAAAACAUUUUUCUCAGGUCACAGUUGUUCCUGCUUUUCAGGUUUGUUUUCUUACCAGAGCUGUCAGAAGUGAAUCAGAUUGAAGCAGGUGGUAGACACGUAGAGAAGCAUCUUGACAGACUCCCAAAUGCAACUACUAAAUGAGUGUAUAUGUGUACAGUAUUUUAUCUAUAUAGAUGUACAUAUAGGCCUGUCGUUUAGGUAUUACGACAAUACUGUAUCUAAUGUUUUGUAACAAUAUUGCUUUUAAGCCAAAUAACAAAGUAGUAUUACAUCACUAAUGGUAUGCUGUCCCUGGUAGGCUAGUGGUUAAGGCGCAGUGCUCUCGACUUCAGGUUGCGUCAGGAAGGGCA